AUGCCACAUAUGACCUGCGAGAACGUCUUCGGCGACUUCCAGUCUCUGCUCGAGGUGAUCCUGAACAAGCAUGCCGAGCAGAUCCGGCAAGCCAUGACCGUUUCCGACACCCUGACUGACAGCCAUGGUGUGUUCGGUACCGACUUCCCUAGUUGCCUCUUCGACAAGGUCAAGAGCAGCUAUCAGAGGGAACAAUUCGCGAAGAGGAACUUCUUGUACGUGGAGCCUGAAGAACACCUGCUCCUAAGCCCAGAGACUUCAUCGUUCCAGUACAUUCCAAUUGGAAAGGUAAUUGAAAACCUGUUCGAAGUUCCCGCAUUGGCAGAACACCUCUUGCAGCCAGCAGAGCAGUUGAGGACCGAUCCACAUGAAUUGCGGUCCUUUCGUGAAGGCACAGCACUGAAGCAAGUGCCAACGAAUAACAAUGAACCUGUGCACAACCUUCAUGUUGCGUUGUACACUGAUGAACUGGGGAUUACGAACACCUUGGGGCCAAAUCAAAAGCGACACAAGUUGUUGGUGGUCUAUUUUUCCCUACUCGACCUCCAUCCAAGAUACCGCGCAGACUUGAGCAACAUACAUUUGACACUGAUGGCCAAGUACCAGGAUGUCGAGAAGGAGGGACUCCAGAAAGUGUUAGACCCCCUUCUCCGUGACCUGGCUGAACUGAGGGACCACGGUUUUCAAGUUCAAAGCAGCAAAAGAAGUACAAGGGUCAAGGCCACAGUUGUUGCCAUUUGUGGCGAUAAUUUGUCCCUCAACAAGCUUGGAGGAUUCUCCUGUUGUUUCAGCAGUGGCAGAGUGUGCAGACUCUGCAUGGCCCACAAAGCCACGCUUGCAGACCUCACGAGGGAAGACCUGUGCACAUUAAGAAAUGCUGCCACACACAGCAAACACCUGUCAGCAAUUUCUGUGAAUCCAGCAUUGAAGAAGCUGUACGGUGUCAAUGGACCCUCGCCAAUGCUGGCAUUGGAGAACUUCGACAUCACCAAGCAACUCAUGCCGGAUGUUAUGCGCGACAUGUUUGAGGGAGGACUUGCCGUUGUCUUGCACUACACUCUUCAGGGACUCACUUCAGAUGGCAUCCUGACACUGUCAGACUUUGGCAAAAUGGCAACAUUUAAGGUCGGCUUCAACGAUAAAAAAAUAGGCCCGAAAAACUGCAGGCUAACUUCUCCAGGGACCACCGUGCCUUAA